UUUUGACUGUGAAAGCCAAAUUUUUGCGCAAUUCACCAUACGCGGGCAAACCCUCUGGAUAGACUCUCGACACUCUCGCGGGCUCUUCUCCUCCUGACCGUCGACAACCCUAGUUGGUAAUGCUCCAAAUCCACAGUUGUUAAUGCUUCAAAUCCACAGACCCCUCCGAAGUCCGAAGAAGCUCUCCCGAAACGUGGUGGUGCUCACGAGUUCGUCGUCGAAGGGAAGACUUGAGGAUUCAUAAGUUUAGGGUUGCGAUAGACCCACCAUCGAAGCCUUGUCGGAGAGCCUCACCGACGAUGCUCCUUCGAUUCUCGCCGUUGAAAAGCCUCUAACUUUGGAUGAUGCAGAAGCGGAUACUGACAUGAUUGAUGGGUCUGACGAGGUGGUUGUGAUGAGUACCAAUUCUGAGCCUUUCUUUGUGAGAAGGGUUCUAAAAGAAGCGCUUGGUAACAAGAUAAUGAAGCUCAUAAUGGGAUAGGAUGUCUAAGUUACAUGGAAGAGCAACCAUGUGGAAUAUAUAGUGUGCAUGUGGAUGCUUCAAAUUCAACUGGAUAUCGGGUUGUUGAUGGGCUUAAUACAAUUUGUAGUGUUGGGCACACUGGUACAAUAAAAUCCAUCAAGAAGUGUAUUUAUGGAAAUCCCCAUCUUGUGAUUUUCAAUUAUUGCUUUAGCCACAUGUCUAUCCCAAUGAUUCGGUAUCUUCUAACUGUAUCAAUUUGUAGACUCUCUCUCAACAACUCAAUUACUGGCCUAAGUUCAUGCAUUAUCCGGUCCCUUAAAGUGUGUACAUCAGAAGAUAAAGUUGUCAAGGUUUGUUCUUUGAUCCAAACACCAAAGUUCUUUAGUGCAGAAUCAGCGAGAAAAGGGCUUUAUUUAAAGAAUGGAAAGUAAUUAAAGACUAUAUCUAGUUAAUCAAGAUAACACACUAGGAUAACAAUUGUACUUCACACUUCUUCCUCCAUAUAUAGCAAUACAUGUUCGUGUAAAAUUUUAUACAUAUGAAAAUUGUUAAUUACACAUUACUUUUGUACUUUUAACCCCGCUGAUAUCUUUCUUGAUAA